CACUUUGUGGGAAAGACGACAAGUUAACAGGACACACACAUACCAGGGACGGUGGGAGCAAGUGGACCUCUAAGACUUUAUGAAUCUGUUUCAGGAGGAAUAAUGGAGGAUACAGAUCCAUGUUCUCAAGCUCUGGACGUGGCUUAUAACGCGAAAGCAUAGGAAUGUCAUCUUGUCACCCUUUUAAUUUUUCUACAUUUCAGACUGAGUUCGUUGGAGUACCUCUGGAUUGUUUUUCUUUCGAGAUGUGCAUCAGAGAAACAGACAACGAAGUCAUAUCUGGAGUUUUUGUGUUUCUUUAUUAGUUAGAACAAAGCGGCCUGAGUUAGUAAGCAGGUGUUUUUGACACAAGACGGCGUCUCUCUCUCUCUCUUUCUCUCUCUCUGUGAGUCAUCAUGAAUUUGACACAGAGAAUGAAACUACUGAAGCACUUUGGCUCUUUGCCCCCGGAGCCUCCCCCACCACUGCUGGUGGUGCCUGUAAGUGGACCGAUUAGACAGUUGUAACAACUUCUAAACUGGUAGCCAGGGCUGCAUGUGUUGUUAAACUUCAUGUUGUGCAUCUUAAUUCAUGGGCAGUUGACUUUACCAGUUAUAGUUUCUGCAGCAGUGAUCACAAUGAUGCUGUAAUUUUCAAGAUUCUUUGGAAACUCGUCACCACAAGUGCAUGUUUUCUGAUCAAGCUUUACCUGAGCUCUGAAGUUAAAGUUUAAAUUUUUGUUAAGACUCUGAGGAAAUGAUCAUUAAUUCAGAAAGCUGCCAGUUUAUACCUGAAUGACCAAAUCCCCUCUGGUGAUGUGACGUGCUUCUGUUUCAUAUCACUCUUAAACAGUGGUUCUUAAGUCCAGUCCUAGAGGCCCACUGUCCUGCAUGUUUUGGAUGUGUCCCUGCUCCAACACACCUGAUUCAAAUAAUCAGCUCGUUAUCAAGCCAUUCCAGAGCUUGAUAACGAGCUGAUCAUUUGAAUCAGGUGUGUUGGAGCAGGGAAAUAUUCAGUUGAAUAUUAGUAUAACAGAAAUUUUAGAUAUAAUAUGUUUAAAAACUACAGUAACAUUUAAUCUCCCAGCUUAUCAUUCUAUGAUUGAUACAUAUCAUAAACUAUAAAAUAAUUCAAGUAGAUUAGUCUUUUUUGAUUGUUAUGCUACCGAUCUGUCAGUGUCUGUUUUAUGUGUAAUGUGUUCUACUGCAGAUUUGAGUGAGAGAGAGAAAUCUGAUAACUUUUUAUCACAGUUUUGUUCUUAGUUGAACAGAUUUCUACAUUAGUUAAUAAGUUUGAAAAGAAGGUAAGAAAACAUUGCAUAAAUUAGCCUGGCAUUUCAAAAAUCUUCAUCUUCUAUUUGUGGACUAGACUUGGGAUCUGCAGAUCUUCCAUCCGUGUAGGAAGAUACCGGGAGCUAAAAAAAAACUUCAUAACUUUUUUAAAGGCUUAUUUACCAACACUCAUUCAAAGCACCUUGAACCGACCAAUAUUGAUACUGGACUCCAUGCCUCUGUCAUUGUAUGGCAGUCUAAGGAAGGGGUUUGAGGCUUUUCAGCUCCACCUUAAAUCUAGUUUAUAGAGGGCCACUAGGGACUGUGAGAGUGGGCAAAGGCUGAGUGGGGGAGGAGCGCCCCAGGUGAGGUCUCUCCUGGAUGUUUGCUCUCUUCUCUCUCUCUCUAAAGAAAGAAACACUACAGCUGGUGAUUUACAAAUCACAUGUGAAAGAAAUCAUGUCUGUGCUGGACGGCUGCAGUCAUCUGGAGUUGGAUUCGUGAUCGUUUAGCUUUGGCUGUUGGCAAAUGAAUUUAAAGAUCAAGCGGCUCAUCGAGCACAGGAGGCCGCAGGUGUUUUGUUCAGCUCAGAGAUCCCAGAGGGAAAUGGAAGUAAGGUUCAAAGACCAAGCGGUGAGUGGAGACGGAAGAAUAUGAAGCGAUGAUGGGCUUAUAGUUUACUGAUGCUUAAAAAGCACAAAUAAUGUUUCUGUUGAAAAUUAAAAGGACAAAUUCUGCGAAAUGUUUCUUCAAGCUGGAAAGAUGUGAACAUAAGUGGAGUUACGAACAUAGAGAUUUUUUGUUGUUUUUGUUCAGCAGGCUAAAUCUUAAUUCAGUCAACAUCUGAUUUCUGCGGUGAAAAAUUCUAUUUCUGUGUUCCAAAAAAUGAGAUGUAUUCAGAAAUUUCUCCUGACCGAGAACUCGUGAUAUAUCAUUCGUGACUUCUUUGAUUAGAAGCCUAUCAACAUUGACAGUCAUCUGCAUGACUAUGACCUACAUCCAGAGUUAAUGUGUUACAGAGACUCUCAGUGCGCUGUGAUUGAGCAGAUGAGCUACAGUUAUGUAGUUUCUCCCUGGUUUUCUUUUGUGUGGUUUCGUGUGGCUAGGCAGCUUAUCAAUGGGAGCAAGAAUUACUCUCAGCUGUUUGGUUUUGUUUACUGACUGGUUUGCAUGGAUUGUCUGUCUUUUGCUUUGCUCACAGGAGCUCGUACAUACAUUACGGCUGUAAUGAACUCCACGAAAAGCACAAGCCGCCACAUGUUAAGAGCACAGCAACAUUUGAGAGUGAAAAAAAGCUUUGUAUGUAAUUCAGAAAUGUACAGCAAGGUUUAAGCAGAGUUAUCAGAUCAGGUUAAUGUUUAACCUGCUUAGACAAAUGUUCUACUGUUCACAGGUCAAACAUUGUACACCUGUACUGAGCAUUAGUUACACCAGCAGGUUAAAGAUCUGUGUAGUGGGUUUGUGUGACAUUUCCCACCAUGCUAAUUAGUGUUUUCUCUUCAAUCAGUUAAGGCUUGAUGUUUUUUUAUUUAUUAAAGUUUAGGUCAAAUGGAUUCAUGUUUAUUCUUGCAAAGUUUGUAUGUGUGCCACGUCAGAUAUUUCCCUUAAGUUGUAAAAGUUAUCCAUGUUGCACAACAACUUCUGUUGUCACCUCCUCGUACUCAUGUGACCUGCAUUUGAACGUAACCUUCUGUAUAGUUGCAGCAGUCCUUGUUUGUUUUGGUGCUUAUUACAUUGUUGAAACACAAUUUUACAAUAAGGUGUUGAAUCUAUGAAAUCUAUAACUUUGGAGAAACCAGCUCAGCUAGAUUUUUGCGUCUUACCUGUGACUGCACACUUCUUUGACAUCCUACUUAAACAGAUGGCCUGACUGAGUACAGGCCGAAGUCAACCACAAAAAGCAAUUUUCAAUGCACUCAAACAUUUAUUAAUUUGUGCAUUUAUAAUGUAUCAAAACAUUUAAAGUAAUGCUUGAUUUUGGGGUGUAAAUAGAAUUAUCAAAAAAUUAAGCAAAAUUUGCUUCUGGAAAAGGUUUACCCUUGUUUAUAAGAGCGCUUUAUGAAAAUUGAGGAGAAUUUUGAGGCUGGAGCUUCAGUUUUUUAUAGAGUACAUAACCCUAAAAGUAACAUAGAAUUAUCACGCAACUUUUGAACGAAUUCAAGGUUUUAAAAAAGUUCCUUAUGUCCGAGUCUUUCUGCUUUUCUAAUCCCUAGACUGCAACAAAACCCAUCUGUGUCUCAGUCUAGAUUUAAACUUUUUCUGUUCUCCCUGUAACUCAGCAGGUGUCUCCCUCCUCUAUCAAAUACAGGCUAUGGACAACCUACACAUUGUUUUUGUUUGGAAGUAAGAGCCUAAAUGUAAAACAAAUAUGAUCACAUGUCAGGGCAGCCAGAAAACCUCUGUCGUUUUAUGCAUCAAACUUAAACUAAAAAUUUGCUUGAAACCUUUUUUUCUUUCACAUAAUCACUUCACUAUCUCUCUUUUUACACCAAUACACCCAAAAUGUGUGUGAUUAUCAAGUCUAACUUCUACUAAAUGUUAAGACGAGUUAGUAACCUCUGUGUAUUGACAGAAAUGGCAGAUGACUCUUGCCUCUUGGAAGAUCUAAAAGUUUGACAAUUUGUCCCUUACUGUGAAUAAACAUACAACAAAGAAGUGGCCCAACUGUCUACAAAUGCUCUACAAUUUCACCAGCCUCAAGGGCCGACAGAUUUGACUGACUGUGUUUACAGAGAGACAAACCAAGAUGUGUGUUGUGUUGUGUAGGAGGGAUAUAAUGAGUCUGUGUUACUGGAAGUAGAAACAUGUCAGUCUCAGGCACGGCGUUGAAUAGUCUUUUAAUCAGUAAGCAUUCAUCAGGAAACAUAAUGAACAAGGGUCUGAUUGUUAAAGCCACCUCUAUGUCUGUCGUGUUUGUCAGUAUGUUUAACAUUUCAAGAUUUGGACUGUGAGAUUUCAACAUUUCAAUUUGUCCCCUUUAACUAAUUGGACAACCCAAAAAUACACUUUUCCAGUUAAUCAAUACUGAAUUAAAAGCCACUGUUAUGUACAGUGUUGUUUUCUAAGUAUUCUCUCUGAACCACCUCGGGUGUAACGCGCUGUCAACACCACAGGGACCAAAGAACGUAGCCCCUCCUCCAUACCGGUCAGGCAGGAUCGAGGCAGGUGAGAGCAUGCUGAGAUCAGGUUGAGUCGUACACACACUCUUCCUCCUUGGCCAAGGCUCUCAACUGUUCUCACUGUAAUAACUUGGAUUAUCAAAGAUUGAUCAUUGAAGGUUUGGUUUUAUCUGAUGAGCUAAUCUUGAGCUUUUCUUACUUUCUAGAAACCAGGUAUGGAGGAGCUGACAAUAUGGGAGCAACAUACAAUAACACUGAGCAAAGUAAGUGACGAUCACAUGAUCUAGGAGUGACAGCACAUACACACUCCAUGCUCUAUGAUUGUAUAUCUAUAAUGUUUUGAAGUGGGUUGGAUUUGGGAGUGGAGUCUAGAUCCACGGCACAGAGGAAGCAGUUUCAGUGUGACUACUGUGGGUAUUGUAGAGACUUUGCGGGGGUUGAGCUGGACCAUGCUUUAGACCUCUCAGUUUCACAGCUCACACUACACCUGGAAUUCACUGCGACACACCCUGCUGCACCCCACAGCACCAGCUGCCACUCCAUUAUCCUGCCUCAGACUAAACGCAGCUGGAAUGUGCACUAUCUCUCUCCUGUAUCUCCCACAAAUACUUCACUGGCUUACUCUCCAGCAUUCUUUCUUUUCAUUCAUGUAGCGUCUGUCAUUUUCUACCUUUCCGGUGAAGCACUUUAAAAGAAAAAAUCUCACUUUCUAAUGAUGGCAGGAUUCAAAAGUGGGGUUUGGCUUCGCCAUAUCAGGAGGAAAAGACAAGCCUCACCCGGACAGUGGGGAUACGACAGUGGUGGUAUCAGAUGUGCUGCCAAAUGGACCCGCCAUGGGACGACUGUUGUGAGUUAAAUUUUAACACCGUGUACUAAGAUUUGACUUUUAAAAUCAAAAACAUACAAUAUUCUAUCGAACAUCUCACUUCGAAGGCUUGUAGACCUACAAACAGUCUGGUUCACAUGUGUUUGCUUCUGCUCUACAGCAACAAAGACCAAAUAGUGAUGGUCAAUGGUGUGUCCAUGGAAAACGUCCACUCUAACUUCACCAUUCAGACCCUCAAGUCAUGUGGCAGGACGGCAAACAUAGUGAGUGUGGAGAAAGCUCCAACCAAAAACCUCAAAGACUUCUGAUCUGUGACGAUCACCCCGGUCUUUAAUCUGGUUCUCACCAUCUUCCUCUUUGUAGACAGUGAAACGCCCCCGCAAGAUUCAGAUCCCAGCAACCUCCAGACCGUCGCGGGCCGCCUCUCAUUCUAACCUGCUGGACCCAGAUCCCCCCAGACGAACACGACGCUACUCUGAUGGCAGCGACAACAGAGACUCCAGCCGCUACCGUGCCCGCAGCGCCUCGCCUAACCGUAACGGUUAUGGAAACACACUACCGCUGGUGUCAUCAGGCUACAAGAGGCUCCCAUAUCAGGACGUUCCAGAACAUCCCAUCAGGACUACACUGGUGAAGAAGAAAAUCACAGAUGGUAAGACUUCAGAACUCUCAGUUUAAUCACCCAAAGUGCUCUGAAUGGGAGUGCUGAUUUCUGUCUGGAUUCUUGUUCCCCGUCUCUCUGAAGAGUAUGGAUUGAAGCUGGGCAGUCAGAUCUUUAUCAAGCACAUGACAGACUCAGGCCUGGCUGCAAAAGAAGGAACACUGCAGGAGGGAGACCUCAUUCUCAAGGUAAAAACAAACAUUAGGUAGAUAGUUCUUAUAAGUGAAAAUCCUAAACUAGCAAAAUUGACUACCUCAUUUCAAGUUGUAUGAUCUCUUUCCUGUGACCAGAUUAAUGGCAUGACAACAGAGAACCUGUCACUGCUAGAGACCAAGCACCUGGUGGAGAAGAGCAGGGGCAAGCUGACUAUGACGGUCCUCAGGGACGACCGUAAGUUUCUGGUCAGCAUUCCUGAAGUGGAGGACAGCGCCCCCAACAGUGACAAUGACCGCCGCCGAGACAGCAGCUCUGAGCUAGAAGGUGAGGAAGGGGAAGGGAGAGAGAGAGAGAAAAGCUUUAGUUAUAAAAUGUGGGCUAAGGUAAGGAAGAGUAAAACAAUAAAGCAGUCAGUCUAUGAUGAAGUUUUCUGUUGAUUGAGUCACUGAUAAAGUUUUUGUUUCCCCUCAGACAUUUCAGACAUUGACCUCCCAGCUCACCGAACACCCCGUCAUGCCACCAGAGAAAAACGGACACGCAGGUAACUAAAGAUAUACCGCAUUAAGGAGCUCAAAAAGGACUUGUUGUUGUUGUGAGGAGUAUUUCUUACACUGGUAUUUUUUGGGUGGAGAUUUAAAAAUGCAAAACUUGUCUCACGACUGACAUGCCUGUUUCAUUUUGCUAAUUAAACUGCCUUCAGAUUUCUCUCAGUCACACAGGGUCAUUUUCUUUAAUAGGUAGUUAUUAUUAGCUUAUUAUUUUUACCUUUUGUUUGACACACUAAGGCUAGCUAUUAUUUGGUGUUUAUUCAGAGCAAACAAACACGUAUUUAAUGCAAUAACAGCAAAAUCCUUUUCUAUAUCAGUUUGUGCUCUACAGGGUCAGUUUUAAAAUGUUCAUCGCUCAGUUAAAUAGUAAACAUAUACUUAAAGAAGGAACUUGUCGUUGAUUUCACUUCAGAACCAGAGCUGAACCUCCACCACCAAAGUCUCGGGAUGCAUCGCCGGUGCGCUCCACCCUGCCUCGUCCUUCUGCAAGAACCUACGCCUCUCGCAGAGGUCAGUCCUGUCCGUAAUGUGUUCCCCACAAACAAGUUGACACUGAUAGUGGCAGCUUUAAAUGCUGGUCAACAACCAUUUUAAAAAUACAAAAUUUGUGAAAAUGCUCAAGUUUUAAUGCUGAUUGUUGUUUCUGCAGCUCCAUCUGAGUCCGAGUCAGACCACAGCGUCUCUCCUCCAAUCAGGAGAGCCAGUCCAGAUGUGAGAGACUCCAGCAAAUACAAGUCAGUUCAAUUUUAUUACUGCUUGACUGACAAAAAGUCGAUGUAUAUGUUCAUGUGCAUAGUUUGUUUUGAUUUUAAAUUUACAGAUCACUGAACAUGAAAUCUGAAGUAGAUACAGUUAUAGGAUUGUUUUAGAUAUAAAGUAAUAUCUUGCUUACAAGCGUCUUAACAUCAUAAAUACAAGGAAAAUCACUCAUUUGCAUUCAUACCAGAGUGAUUGCUUUAUAUCACCUUGGCAAACUUCUAAAAACUUCUUCACUACCGUUUUAUACCAUGUGUUAAAAGAGUUAAAGCACUAAAGUCAAGCUUUUUUCAUAUUUACGUUACAAGGUGUGAUAUUUAUGUCAAUUUUAUAUAAAUAAACAUUUCAAUGUUAGAGGCUUGACCAAGGGGUCACACUGCUGUGCCAACAUCUGACAUUGUAACAUGAGAUUUACAGAGUUUAGACAGGAAGUGAGGGGGUAGAGCACUCAGGGCAGAACAGCACUGUGUGUGUGUGUGUGUGUGUCACUGCCUAUCUGAUCUUGUGUGUGUAUGGAGCUCUUGAUGUUUGUUAACCUUCAUGAGCAGAGGGUCCCUUAUGAAGGAGCAUGCGUUUCGUCUUGUGUGCGUGCAACAUAGUCAUCUGGCCAUAUGUAUGAAUAUUCAGACGUAUUUGUUCCCCCUUUUAAUAUGACUUUUAGUCCUUUUUUGAUAAUUAUUAUGCUUUCUAUCAGUUUACUUUGAGGUGAUACCUUGUUAACGUUAAAGUUAGCUCACUCAUAAACACAGUUUUAUUAUUGUUAUUAUUGUUACAGUACAUUUUUCCUGCUCUUAUCAUGAAAGAGUUAGUUUUGUUUCUCCAGUUAUCUAAGAGAGAGCUGGAUUCUUGUUUAGAGUACCUUAAAAUCUAGGAAGCCAUCCCUGUCCUCAUCAUUGAAGUGCUUGGGUGUUGAGAUUAACUUUUUUCUUUUUUCUUUUUUUUCCCAGAAGUCUCUCUGGUGUGUCCACCCUCCCCAAUCCCCGCUCAUCCCCUGUGGCCCAAAAGUGGACAGCCUCCCGUCCGUCCUCAAAUGCAUCAAAGCCUCGCAGACCGGUAUCAGAGUCAGACUCUGACCGCAGCCCCUCGCCUCCUCCUCCUCCACGCAGAGAGAGCCCCCUCCUAGACGGCAGAUACAAGUAAGGAGAAAUCUCAAUCCAGUGUCUUAGUUUAAAAAAAUGAACAAAUUAUUUCACAUUUCAGUAAUUUCUAAUUGUUUUUUCUUCAACCUUGCCCAACCCUAGAAGUCUUGCUGAACUCCCACCUGCAGUGAUAGGAGCUUCCCCCAUCACUGUUCGCCAGGAACCACCAAGGAGGGUCAACUCUCCCGUCAGAGUUCCCGUUAUAGGUUAGCACACCACACUGUACAUGUUAUACUCUAACACACAAGAACAACUCUCUUAUUUUGUGACAGCCCAGACCGGGGACUUUGUCUAACCUCUCUUGGACAAUAUUUACUUUAAGUUUCAAUGUUUGUUUCUGCACACGUGUCAUGUGGCAAACAAAGCCAAGGAGCAAACAGAACAGGUGUUUUGUGCAGGUAACUCGACUUGAGAAUGUGUUCAUCUAAAAUUCAUUUGAACUGAUCUGUUUUAUCAGUAGCAAAUAAAUGCAAACAUUAAAGUGUUAGUUUAUCUGAAUUGUAAAGACUCGCUCGGUUGAAAAGCAUAACACAAGAAAGAUUAUUAGGAAUUUACAGAAAGGAAAAGGCAGAUGAUAAAACGAUGUUUAUAUAAGUUAGAAAGUCUGUUAGUACUGCUACUCAGCCGUCUAUAACGCUGAUUUUAUGUCAUUCACAUUAUUGAAGUCAUGGUUUUUCUGUUUUAGACUCUGAUUCAGAUCCGGAGAUCAGCUUGGCGCCUCCUCAGAGGCAGAGCACCACAUACAAUCAAGACUCCCUCAGCAGAUACAGGUACAGAUGAAGGUCCGCCCAACCCCAAAACUACCCCCAUCCCCUCCCUGAAACCCAUCGAGAGGUCACGGACUGGGACUCUGAGCAGACUGUGCACGCCUCCCCCCUUUUUAAACAUGCUCUAAUCACAUGAUAUUAUUUACUUUUAAAUUUAACUUAGCCUCUGUGUCUGGUGAUUUUUAAUUGAUUUGCUUAUUUUUAUUCCUGAAGUCUUAUUUUGUAGUCCAUGAUUUUGCUUGAUUUUUGUUUUUUUUUUGACUGUGUACCAAGUGUUUGUGUUUGUGGUGACAUACUGUUAACCAAUAAAAUAAAAGUGACUUUCACUGAACAUGUUCCUCUCCUGUAUGUGGCUAAGUGUUGAUUAAACAGAGGACACGUAUGUUGAAAGACGCUACAUUACAAUCAAACAUCUGCAUUAAAGCUAGUUAUGGAUCAGUUCUUUGAAAUCUGCAUGUUUUACACAGCAUGGUCAAAAUCCUUAGAGAGUAUAACCGCACAAGGUCACGCAAGACAACUAAUCCGACUAAAUGGUUAAUUUUGAUCAGUUACAAAGCAGUUAAUCAUCAAAGAGAGAGCUUCCCUCAGAGACACCAAGGUGAAUAUUCAACAUUUCAGUCUCAUGCCCUCAUCAAUAAUCAUCUUAUUGGCCACAGGUCCCCCCUCUUCAAACGUAACUGAGAUUUGUUGUCUUCCUCCUCCCUCACUCCCGCCUCCCUUUCUUCUCUUGCAGAGUCCUGCAGGAUGUUUCCCUGCAACCACAAGUGGAGCCGCCUCGAUGGAGAGCUCCCAGCGUCACUGCCAGCAAUCCGCCGCAGAAAGGUGUGUGUGCACAGUGGUUAGCUUGACGUGUUGAGUUUUGUUUGACAAUAGGCUUUAAUGGUUUCGAAGAAGACCCUGGGUUUUUAGAAAGCUCCCUGGCUUGUUUCCUGACUGCACAUUUAUUAACUAUUUUAUAAUGGUUAACUAGUGAAAUACUUGAAAAUGAUGUGUUGAUAAAUGAAUUGUCCAUAACGUCCGGUUCUUUUGACUCACUUUGCAGCUCGUUCAGGAUCUGAAUCAGAGGCCAGUUAUGCAUCUGUACCUCGAAGAGAGUCCACAGACAGCACAAACUCCAACCCAGCGGCCAAAACCAGAGUCAAGUAAGAUGUGCUGUCAAAUCACAUUACAAUGUAUCAGCAGGUUUUUCUCCUCGCAGGGAAGUAAAUGAUUAAGUCCAGAGACUAAAGAUUCGACUGUAGUAUUUUGUGCAGAACAAACUCUGUCCAUGUUGAAAAUAAGAAAUAUUGAGUUCACCUUUUCCUUAUCAGUCCACUGUGUAAAUGUGUCAAAUAUUACUGAUAAGAAGUCUGACUGGUUCAUCUUCUUUCAAGUUGUCUCAUUGUUGAGCGCUCUGUAAACACAGGUGCUCACAGUGAAUCUUCCUGUAAGGGUUACAUCUCAUAAUCUUUUAGCUGAACUCCUCACGUCCAAAUGUUUUUGUUUAGGGAAAAAAACUUCAUCCGACAACUUAUGUGGAUGCUUGUUGUGUUUGUAGUCAUGUCCCACUAAGCAAUAGACGGUUAUUAGUCAUCUAGGUUUAUUUUAGACCUAAUUUCAACUGUCAAGAUUGUGUAUAUUUCUAGACCAAAAUGAGACGUUGCACCUGAUUCAAAUGAUCAGCUCGUUAUGAAGCCGCUACAGAGCUUGAUAACGAGCUGAUCAUUUGAAUCAGGUGUGUUUUCAGAGCUUGAUAACGAGCUGAUCAUUUGAAUCAGGUGUGUUGGAGCAGGGAAACAUCCAAAACAUGCAGGACAGGGGGCCUUGAGGACUGGACUUGAGAACCACUGAUCUAGACUACAUUUAAAUGUCUAUUAGACCUCUUUUAGACCAAAAAAUGCUCAGUUGGGGUGCCACAGGAUGACAUGUUAAACUACAUAUUUACUGUGUCUUUCUCAGAGUCCUGCCGGUGAUAAGACCAACACCCAUAGCUGUGAAGCAGGACCCCCCUCGGCGUGCCCCGUCACCCACCAGGCCACCUCCUGAUGGUCAGUUUAAUCGUAGAUGUCACACUCUCACCCUCUCUUCCACUGUGCUGGUCUUUAAAGGGAUUCCUCACAACAGUCUGCGCUGUCUUUUUCUCUUUGUCAGAUUCCUCAGAGUCGGACCAGCUUUCACAUCUCAGGAGGUCUGGGAGCUCCGAGCGAGGGGACAGCCAUCGCAGGUAAAAACAUCAACAACAAUGAUUUCAGUAUUUAAAACACAUGUAGAAACUCUAAGUUGACUCAAAUGUAUAUUAACACGCUUUACCUCUUCUUAUCCACAGAGGUCCUCCAGCUGCGAAUGGCACCCUCAGGUCAGGGGUUUCAGGAAAUAGCAACCCACCGCUCUACAGUAAGGCUCAAGUCUUCAAACUACUUAACAAUAUUUCAGUUUGAUAAUUGCUCAUCUAUUAUGACAAUUUAUUUAAAUCACAGAUAAACCUAGAUAUAUUUUUAGAUGAUAGGAAGCCAACUUUGUAAUCAUCUUUAAGUGGUUUUCAAAAUUCUGGUCUGAGUCCAUGACUACACCCAGACUCCUGGCUUGGUCAGUCAUUUUUAGUCGUAACUUCUGACUCUUAAUCUGCCCUGUUUGGCUCCAAAAACAAGCUCCUUAGUUUUAUGCUUGUUCAGCUGAAGGAUUCACUCCUGAUUUUGUUGAAAGAACUUAUGACCAAACAGGAGUCUCACUAUAUUAAUGUCUCUUUCAGCCAAGCCUGCUGAGGAGCCCAUCUACUCACUGCCUCCAGAUUCUUACCCAUCACCUACCCCAGGGUGAGUCUUGAUCAUUUCUGCUGAUAUCAUGUAUGUUCAUUUGAAGCUUCUCAAUUUUUCUUAAAGGUAUAUUCCGGCCUAAAACUAAGUUAGGGUCAAACACACCGUAACACCAAUUUAGACACCCCCUCGAGAGAUGAAUGUUGCCGACCGCUUACUUCUCUAGUUAUACCAACUUUAGUAACAACCACAUAAUAGCACUAUACAGCAGUCUAUGGAUCGAUGCACAAACCUCCAGCAAAAAGUCACUCUAAAGCCACAAAUAAUGCUCAGAACAGCACCUAACUUCAUCAACAGUACAUAUAGGGUCCUAGCUACAUUACUAGCCACCAGACAGCUUUUUAGCUUUGCCUGAUUUCUUUAGCAAAGAGACCAAACACAACUCACCUACUCUCUUCCAGCAGCUGCUUGUUUGUAGCGAGACCUCGGGCCAAUCUAUUACAAACUGCUGUGGGGUGACGCAGCUCAAGGAAGAACAUUUAUGAUCAUUUCUUCAUGGAAAUGCAAUCAGACCAAGAUCCUAAGGCAGAAGAACUACUGCGUCUGAAGUGCAAAAUGAUAAAUAUGAUGAUUAUUACUUAAAGGAAAUGAUCAAGAAAUGAUCAUAAAUAGAGAAGCAAGCAGUCGGCAACAUUCAUUUCUCCAGGGGUGUCUAACUCGGUGUUACGGUGUGUUUGACCCUAAAUUGAUUUUACGCCGGUAUAUCCCUUUAACUCAAAGGAAUACAUCCUGACCUUUUUCCCUCCUGUUCUUUUUAGGUACAGUUCAGAUCUCCACACAGUGAGGUUUGUAAAGGAGGGCAGCAUUGGGCUGCGGCUCGUUGGGGGCAACGAUGUCGGCAUAUUUGUGGGCGGAGUCCAACCAAACAGCCCAGCGUAUGACGAGGGGAUGAAAGAAGGAGAUCAGAUCAUGCAGGUGAGAUGAUAGUGCUCUGCUUUAGCUUUCAACAUCAACCCUGCUUUAUUUUCAGCCUUGGAGAAGUAAUGAUAGUGUUGUUUGAACAGAUUAUAAUCCCAUUGUUUAAAGCUAAUUAUAGGAAACAACUAUGAGAGAUUUCUCUCUGGCAGUGAUUUGAAACUGAUCCGAAAAGUCCUCCUUACUUACAUUUAUGCAACACAUAAUCUCAUUCUGUCUUGCUCAGGUGAAUAGAGUCGACUUCGGUCAUUUCACUCGAGAAGAGGCUGCCAACUUCCUCCUGAACAUCAAGACAGGAGAGCCGGUUGAAAUCUCCACUCAGAACAAGAUGGACCGUAAGUUCAUUUUGAAAGCUCUCCUGUUAUUAUCAGAGGUACGGUCAAUCACUGAAUGAGAAUUAAAAUCAUAACUUUGCCUCUCUGUAGUUUAUAAGAAGAUCAUUAAAUCCAACCUGGCCGACAACUUCUACGUCCGCACCCACUAUGACCACGAGGCAGAGAGCUCCAUCGGUUUGAGUUUCACCAGAGGGGAGGUGUUCAGGGUGGUGGACACGAUGCACCGCGGGAAGCUGGGCAACUGGCUGGCUGUCCGCAUGGGGAAUGACCUGCAGGAAAUGGAUAAAGGCACCAUCCCAAACCAGGCCAGGUCAGAACCAGGUGGAACACUGAUAUGUAGACUAUUACUAUUUAAACCAAAAAGCACGAUUGAGUCUUUUUAUGUCAAUGUCUUCUGCAGGGCGGAGACAUUUGCAAGCAUAGAGCAGGCACAGCGGGCCAGCGGGGACAGGCAGGUGUCAGGGCCGAGGGCUGAGUUCUGGAAACUACGGGGGCUCAGAGGGAACAAAAAGAACGAGAAGAACAAUCGUCGGAGUCGGGAUGACCUGCUGCAGCUCACAAUUCAGGGCAAAUUCCCGGCCUAUGAAAGAGUCCUGCUCAGAGAAGGUUGCUCUUAGCCCACAUACAUAAAUCAUAUAAAAUCACGUCCUAAUGCAUGUUGAGCUAGUUUAACAGUCCUCAUUUGUUUCUGUCUACAGCUAACUUCAAACGACCAAUUGUCAUCAUGGGUCCUCUUAAUGAUAUUGCCAUGGAGAAGCUGGUCAAAGAGAUGCCUGAUGAAUAUGAAAUAGCAGGUUAGUUUCAUCCGUAUGACUCUGUUUUAUCUGAUGUCAGUCAUGUUUGAUAUGAGCCAAGACAUUUUUCCCCUGAUCUAACGCUCAAACGUCAUAUUUCCUCCGGGGUAGAUAUGGUUCCUCGCAGUGGAAGCGCAGACAGCGGCUCCACAGUUAUCAAACUGGACACAGUGAGGAGAAUAGCAGAGAAGGUGAGCCACUGCUUAAUCGAUGAAGCUUAAAGGGAUAUUCCGGGGUAAAAUUAAGGUAGCAUCAAACACACCGUAACACCUCGCCGAGAGAUUAAUGUUUCCGAUGGCUUGCUUCUCUGGUUAUACCAACUUUAUACCAAUGAUAAGAAUACACAGCAGUCUCAGGAGCCAUUAACAAACCUCAACCAAAACACCACUCUAUAGCCACAAAUAAUGCUCAGAACAGCACCUAACUUCAUCAUCAGUACAUAUUAGGUCCCAGCUAUAUUACUUGCCACCAAACAUCUUUUUAGCUUUGCCUGAUUUCUUAAGCAAAGAGACUAAACACAACUCACCUACUCUCUUCCAGCAGCUGCUUGUUUGUAGCGAGACCUCGGGCCAAUCCAUUAUGGACUGCUGCGGGGUGAUGCAGCUCAAGGAAGAACAUUUAUGAUCAUUACUUUAUCAUUUCCUUGCAGUAAUAAUCUCUAUAUUAAUCAUUUUGCACUUCAGACGCAGUAGUUCUUCUGCCUUAGCAUCUCAGUCUGAUUGCAUUCCCAUGAAAAAAUGAUCAUAAAUGUUCUUCCUUGAGCUGCGAAACUCCGCUGCACACCAUGAUCAACUCGUCCAAGGUCUCCCUACAAACAAGCGGCUGCUGGAAGAGGGUAGGUGAGUUGUGUUAAGUCUCUUUGCUAAAGAAAUCAGGCUAAGCGAAAAAGAUGUUUGGUGGCUAGUACUAUGGCUGGGACCCUAUAUGUACUGUUGAUGAAGUUAGGUGCUGUUCUGAGCUUUAUUUGUGGCAAUAGAGUGGCGUUUGGUUGAGGUUUGCACGUGGAGCCAUAGACUGCUGUAUAUUGUUAUUGUGCGGUCUUUACUAAAGUUGGUUUAACUAGAGAAGCAAGCAGUCGGCAACAUUCAUCUCUCAACGGGGUGUCUAACUUCAUGUUACGGUGUGUUUGACCCUAACUUAAUUUUACGCCAGAAUAUCCCUUUAAUCGUUGAUGUUCUUGAUUAUCCCUCUUAACCUUAUUGUUGCUGUUUUUUCCCAGGACAAGCACCCUCUUCUUGACAUCACACCCACUGCAGUGGAAAGACUGAACUACAUCCAGUAUCACCCCAUGGUUCUCUUCUUGGACCCUCACAGCCGCAAGGAUGUCAAAUCCAUGAGGCAGAGGUACAACCCCAGCUCUAACAAGAGCUCAAGACGCCUCUACUCCCAGGCCCUCAAACUGAGGAAAGACUGCAGCCACCUUUUCGCAGGUAAACAAAGUAUUUGAUCGUGUUGUACUGUAAUUUAAAGACAAUCGACAAGAGAGAAGAUGGCUUCUUUUGUUUGUUCCCCUGUUAAUUCCUGACAGGUGCAUUUUUUGUUCAUGAAUAAACUUUAAUAAACCUUCUACUUCUGACCUCUCCUUCAGCACGUAUCGACUUGCAGCCUGGCUCCAGUGCGUGGUAUGAGAGUCUUAAAGAUAAGAUCCGCCACCAGCAGUCAAAACCUGUCUGGGUGUCUGAAGUCACGGUAUGACACACAUUUUAUUUACAACACACACCUGUCUCUUCUUUCCAUUUAACCCUUUUCUCUGAAGACUCUUUCAAUGGGUUUACAUUUUUCAGUUUGAUAUAAAGAGUUAACGCACAACCUGCAUGUUACAGUUUAAUGAAUUUCUCUUCUUAAACAAGGAUGAUCCAGUAUCUCCCUCUUUCUUGUCCACUUUAGUUGGAAAGUGGUGGAGAACAGGACUUAGACGCUUUUGACCAAACCCAGUCAGACUACCUCAGUGCUGCCAGUGACCUGGAGGACACAGAUGGAGAACCUUUUACUGACGGAGAGGCGUACACUGACAAUGAGGACCUGGAAGAGGCUUAUCCCGGUCAGAGCGCAGCCAGAUCCUCCAGAGAUUCCAGGCAAGCAGGAGCUGCUUUAGCCCGAUCAUCUGAGCCCACCUAUGGGCACUACAGCCCCGCCGCCAUGGACCCUGAGCCUCAAGCAGACAAAUACUCCCACAGAGAAAUCCCACCCCUGAUGCACGUACCUGAGCCCAGAUCACUCCGCCGGGAGAACUCCAGCCCACCUCCUGCUGAGGAGGAAGACCCCACUCUGCGAAGUUUCACGGACUCAGAUUUCAGCGCUCUGGAUAUAAUUCAUCCAACCACUCCAUCAGAUGGACCCCCAGAUUUCAUAGCCCCAGACCCCACCACCCGGUACUUGUUAAAGGAGCCAACACAUGCUGCUGAGGUGCAGCCUGAGAGCCCACAACAUCCCAGCCUGUCCGCUAUCGAGGACAAAUUACAAGAGGUGAAUGAAAUGCUGUCUACAUUUAAAGUGCUUGUUGUGUUUUAAGUAAACUUGAACUGUUGACCUUAAAUCAAGUGUACUGAAAAAGUGAGGUCACAAACUGAACAGCUUUUGAAACAUGAAACAUUACCUGCCUUCAGCUUCUUAUUUUCCAGUUCUUGUAGUUGACUCUGCUUGUCAGAUAGAAUAAGGUUUUGGAUCAGUCUACUUUAGCUUUGGAAAACUGGGAUUUAUGACUUUCACAACUGUCUGUGAACUUAUACACCAAACACCAUAUUCUAAAAUAUAAAAUUAAUCAUACACCAGAGGAUAACUGCACUUUAAAUUACAUUGCUGGUGUUUUGUCUUUAUCAAACUAACUUGUUCUUGUUUGAAUUUUAAAGUCUGUUUUUUUUCUGGCAGUAAUUUCAGACAGCUUCACAACUUUACAAAAUAAACUCAAGUUGAAUUAAGUGUAAAUCUUUGAGUACAUAUCAACUCUAUUGGCAUUUUUAGAGUGUGUGCACAUUUCCUCUUCAAAAGAAACACAAAUAGAAACAUCAAUAUAAUCCUAAACUCAUCAUAUACAUAAAAAUCAGAAUUAUAGUGCUGCAUCUUCAUAAAACACAUCAUGAGAACCAGAAUGGACAGUUCCUGGCUCUAACCUAUCUUGUGCUCUCUUGCAGGCUCGCUCUGCAGAGCCGCAGCCACAGGCGCAAGCUGGGGAAACCAAGGCCCCGCAUUUUCUUGUGUAAGUCAGCUUUUGGUUUUUGGACUUUCAGAGUAAAGCCAGGCUGAGGCUCGGGACUCAUUUUUAACCUUCUUUGUUUUGCUUUUUAACAGGCUAGCGCAUCAUCACCAGGCAGUCCAGUUCAGACGCACACAGAUCAGAGGCAGCGACAGCUCUGAUGACGAGGAGGACGAGAUUGAGGACUUUGAAUGGGGCCCUGCAACAGAACUUUAGAGUUUGCAUUGAAGAUCAAAGUUUAAGUUUAUUUUUUACAAAGGACAUGAACAUUAAUUCACUCCACUAAGAAACUGAUGAAUCUAGAUCAUUUUGUACGUGUUUUGCUACAGAGGCAAACUUUGAUAGUUGUCUCCUCAAGGUAUGAAACAGUAAAGAUCUUCUUUUUACAGAUACUUUAAAACUCUGACAUGAGAAGAAAAGAUCUAAAAACGCUAAGAAAGUGCCUGAUUUCUUUUUGUAGAUUUAACUAUGAUCACUGAUUAUUAAAUCAGUCUGGAUUUUCUUUCAUACUGUAAACAACAACCUGUAAAAUAUAGUUGUGUCUGAAAUAUCAAUGUACGGUUCUAUGCAAGACUGUCAAUAAAUACAUUGCUCUUGAAUUUUUUUAUAUAUAUUAAACUGUAUCCCUGAUCCAAA